AUGGGCAACUCUCAUAAUCAAAUAUCCGAACAUGGAGCUAUUGCAAUAAGAACAGAAAAACCAUUUUACUUUGCAGGUGACUUGGUUAGAGGUUAAUAAUUUAUUGUAAUUUUAGGUAAUAUCUUUUUGAACAUUUGCAAAGCAGGUUAUUAAGGAAAUAUUAUUCAAUUUACUAUUAUAGGAAAAGAAAAAACUGAAUGGGAUGAGGGGAGUGGUGAGGAUUAGAGAACUUAUAGAGGGAAAAACAAAUUCUAUUCCUAAACAGUACCCAUUUACACAUUCUAAAAUUAAGUAGCUUAAAUUGGAUAAUAUGUUUUUCCUUUUUAAUUUUAAUUACAUCCUCAUCUUCCUGGUUCAUUCUACUAAAAAAAUCAUGGUGAUUAUGGCUAUAUAUAUUACUAAGUUAAAGCGAAAUUUACAACAACAUAACCAAACAAACCAAAUAUUAGAAAUAAAUAAGAAUUCAUUGUUAGAGAACCUAUAAAGUAAAUGGUGAUUAGUUAAGAGUAGGAAAGAACUGCUAAUUUAUCUAUUUGUUGUUGUAUUAAUAAAGGAGUACUUAUUAGAUUAUAAUUUAAUAGAGUUCAAGAGUUAAGAGUUUCUGUGAUAAGAAUCAUUAUUUACCAGGAGAUACUGCUUAAAUGACUGUUGAAAUAGAUAAUUCUAAUUGCAAUUUGAAUAUUGAUUAUAUAGAAAUUGAAUUACAAAAGGUAUUAAUAUUAAGAGCCAAUACUUCAUCACAUAAAUAUACCUAAAAGAUAUUAACUUAAAGAAUUCCAGGAGUCUAAGCUAGAUCUUAAUAAGUUGGUUCCUAAAGUAGAAAUAUUUAAAUAACUCUAUUGAAUCAAAAUAAUCCUUAGAAUGAAUUGACUCCUACAACAAAUGGAAAACUUGUUAAUCAAUAAUAUUAUCUAAAAGUUAUUCCAAAAUUUGAAGGUAAAUUUCAUUAAUAUUUAUAAGGUUGUAUCUGUUGUUCAGAAAAACCAGUCAUAUCAUUCUAGAUAGUUAUGUUAUAUAAGAUUCCACCUAAUUACAUUUAACCACUUCCUUAACCAUCUGAUUGGAAUCCUUAAACAUUCGAACCUGUUUUGAUUAACUUUGAUCAAUAGAAUAAUAUGAAUAUUGCAAACAAUAAUAUGCAAUAAAAUGAUCCUUUUAUAAGUAAAUGAU